CUCCAGCAACACUGUGAGAGAAAUGAGGGGAGUCUGGAGUUAUGGAAACAAGGAGGACUCGAUAGAGAAAGUUUCUUCUAGGAUUUGGGAACUGUUGAUGGCGCUUGGAAUUGGACAACCAAUUCAGGAGAAAGUGUUGCUACGUUCGAAUUCCGAACAGCACCGGUGAAAUCAUUUCUUUCUGCGGGCCUGUGUUUGGAAGUAGAUAACAGCGGAGUAGUAACUAUAUUGUGGCGAGGAAUUCCACCGCUCAUUCCGGGAACCUGAGGACGCACGAAGUUUAGUUUAGAACCUGUUGCUUGCGUGCACUUUGGAUACUAAUUUACUGACUGUGCACAAUCUGCUCGGUUCUAAGUGUGGCCUAUCAAGGACUGGAAAGUUAGAUUUGAUUUCAUCUCAUUGAGGAUUGUAGCCUAGCCUACUAUCGCGGAGCAAGUUGUAAGCUUCCAUCAAGUGCCAUGCAUGGCACCUUAUUAUCAAAUAUGAGGGAUCGGGAAAGUGUCAGAUUCAAGACAACAGCAUGAAGACAUAGACACAAAAUAACGUCAAUGCUUUCACACAAGUGGGGAAAAAACAUCACUCAAAAUAUUGAAUGCAAUUUCGCUCAAACAUGAGUUCUUCCGGCGGCAGAAAGGUAGAUAGGCUAUAUGUCGGCGUGUUUGACUUAUUUCAAUGGAACUGAAAUUCGGAAAAUAAUUUUAAGUAAUUUUCCCCAGGAACGAAUUGUUCAUCUUGCUUCAUCUUGCGACACGUUGUAAAAAUAGCGUGCACGUUGGGAGUUACGAUGCUGGUCUCUUGGGUCACAUUUAUUCAAGCGUUCCUAAUACUGCUGGUGAAAGGAGCCGACCAAUGGAGCCUCCGGGAGUCCUCUAACUGCGAGCUAAAACGGAAACAAAGUGAUCUGAACUCUUUCCUGUGGACCAUCAAACGUAACCCUCCGUCCUACUUCUACGGCACGAUCCACGUCCCUUACACGCGCGUCUGGGACUUCAUCCCAGAGAACUCCAAGAAGGCUUUCCAGGAGAGUAACAUGGUUUACUUGGAGCUGGACCUGACGGACCCCUACACCAUCUCAGCCCUGACCAGCUGCCAGCUCCUCCCCCAGGGGGGAACCCUACAGGACGUUCUACCCAGAGACAUCUACAGACGCCUCAAGAGGCACUUGGAGUACGUCAAGCUCAUGAUGCCGUUCUGGAUGACUCCUGACCAGAGGGGUAAAGGCCUCUACGCUGACUACCUGUUUAAUGCGAUAGCGGGGAACUGGGAGAGGAAGAGGCCUGUGUGGGUGAUGUUGAUGGUGAACUCGUUGACGGAGGCGGACAUUAAGACGAGGGGGGUCCCGGUGUUGGAUCUGUACCUGGCCCAGGAGGCAGAGAGGAUGAGGAAGAGGACAGGAGCUGUGGAGAAGGUGGAGGAGCAGUGUCACCCGCUCAACGGACUCAACUUCUCUCAGGUGAUCUUUGCCCUGAACCAGACCCUUGUACAGCAGGAGAGUGUGAGAGCAGGCAGUCUGCAGGGCUCCUAUACCACUGAGGACCUCAUCAAGCACUACAACUGUGGAGACCUCAACUCCAUCAUCUUUAACCACGACACCUCUCAGGUCCCCAACUUCAACAACGUGACCCUGCGCCCCAGCGAACAGAUAACGGCCCAGGAGAUAGACAGCUACUUCAGACAGGAACUGAUCUACAAGAGGAACGACAGGAUGGGGAACAGGGUUAAGACUCUGAUGGAAGAGCACCCUGACAACAGCUUCUUCUUCGCCUUCGGAGCAGGUCACUUCCUGGGCAACAACACAGUGAUUGAUGUGCUGAGGAGUCAGGGCUAUGAAGUGGAGCACACUCCUGCAGGGCAGCCCAUUAACAGUCGAUCGAUAUCGGCCCCCGACCAGACGGGUCAUUCUCUGGGUCACAACCUGGAUGAGUCCCCUUACCUGGAGCCGUUCCUCCACGAGCUUCAUGAUGAGGAGCAACAGCACCCUCUGCAGGACAACCCACUACCCAACAUACCUCGUCACUCCCCCAGCCUGGAGCUGAUGGACAAGAUGGACCGCAAGCUGAAGAAGAAACGCCGUAACAAACAGAGGAAACAUCAGAGAAACGGACAGUUUAAUGACCUCUGGGUUCGCAUCGAAGAGAGCACCACAGUCGAGUCCCCUCCUCCUCCGCUGGUCCGUCUUAUUAAUGGUUACAUCACCGUACGGCCUCACCACCACGACCACGAGAGAGGCCACGCCCACGCCAGAGCCAAUUACAACAGGUUGUUUUCAGGCUCCUCCGCCUCUACGCCCUUGUGUGUCUUCUGGUUACUUUUUACAGUGUUGGGUCACAUCUGGACUCUCUAGUAGCAGGUCUGUACAGGAGGUUACUGGUUCAAAACCCUCCUGCUAACAUCUGGACUCUCUAGUAGCAGAUCUGUACAGGAGGUUACUGGUUCAAAACCCUCCUGCUAAUAUCUGGACUCUCUAGUAGCAGGUAUGUACAGGAGGUUACUGGUUUAAAACCCUCCUGCUAACAUCUGGACUCUCUAGUAGCAGGUGUGUACAGGAGGUUACUGGUUCAAAACCCUCCUGCUAACAUCUGGACUGUCUAAUACCAGAUCUGUAAAGGAGGUUGUUGGUUUAAAAUCCUCCUGCUAACAUCUGGACUCUAGUAGCAGCUCUGGUCUAAAGCACGAGGUUAUUGGUUCAAAUCCCUCCUGCUCACAAUGAAUCAUCUAUUUCAACACACAUUGGGGGCGAAUCCAAACUUUCCCUUACGUCAAAUUUUCAGCUAAUCAUGCAUUGAUGUCGAGUGACAAUGUGACUUAAAGGAAUACAUCAGGAUUUGGGCAAUUAAGCCAUUUAUGUACUUUCCCAGAGUCAGAUAAACUCAUGGAUACAAUUUGUAUGUCUCUGCAUCUAGUAUGAAGAAAUGUACAGGUAGUUUCGCGAGCCAAUGCUAACUAGCGUUAGCGCAAUGACUGGAAGUCUAUGUUAUCUACUAGCAUGAAAUUGCGCUAACGCUAAUUAGCGACUUCCUUCAAACUUCCCUCAGGGGCAUGAAAAUGGUGUCCACAAGUUCAUCUGACUCUGGAGAAGUAGAUAAAGGGCUUCAUUGCCAAAAUCCUGCAGCAUCCCUUUAAUGGAAGUUAGGAUUUGUCCAAAUCCAUCUCGACUGGAUCUUUUACGUGUUUAUUAUUUCAAAUGUUUUUUAGUUUGUUUUCGUUUUACAGCAGCAAUGUAUUAUAAUAACCCAAACGGCUCUUACUCUGACAAGAUUGUUUUCUUCCAACCCCUUUAAUGAAUUUAUUCUUCACUUUUUGAAGAAUGUGUUUUGUAUCGCAUAAUACUGUGGGAAUUGUAUAUAUCUACAUAUUAUAGAUUGUAUUUUAGAAAUAUGACAUUUUGAAUGGUUGAAUGUGUUUUGUUUAUUGUUGUCGUUUAUAAAUAGAUACAGUAUAUUUUCUAGACUAAACUGGUACUAACCACCAUAACCCGUAUUUGACAGCCUGGUUCCCGAUCUGUUUGUGCUGUCUUGGCAUUGACCAUCGGGCAGGGGUAUUGAAAUCCGAGCCUGGAGGUCCAUAAUACUGCUGGUUUUAUGUUCCACCUGAAAAUUUAUUUCAUCCACCUGGUGCCCCAGGUCUAAAUCGGUCCUUGAUUUAGAGGCAAUCAGCAGUCCAACUGGCUUCAAGGUCAAUGUUUUGAAUUGGCUAUGUUAUAGGAGUUGGCAAGACAGCACAAAUAUACCUGGAACCAGGCUACAUAUCUCCUCUAGGUUGUAAUGUGACGUCUGAGAGAAACGAUCCAAACCAGUGUUAUCUGUUGUCUGAGAGAAACGAUCCAAACCAGUGUUAUCUGUUGUCUGGGAGAAACGAUCCAAACCAGUGUUAUCUAGGGCUUGUUGUCUGGGAGAAACGAUCCAAACCAGUAUUACCUACGGCUUGUAGUCUGGGAGAAACGAUCCAAACCAGUGUUAUCUAGGGCUGGAGUCGGAGAGAAACUAUCCAAACCAGUGUUAUCUAUGGCUUGUUGUCUGGGAGAAACGAUCCAAACCAGUGUUAUCUGUUGUCUGGGAGAAACGAUCCAAACCAGUGUUAUCUAUGGCUUGUUGUCUGAGAGAAACGAUCCAAACCAGUAUUAUCUAGGGCUUGUUGUCUGGGAGAAACGAUCCAAACCAGUGUUAUCUAGGGCUUGUUGUCUGGGAGAAACGAUCCAAACCAGUAUUAUCUACGGCUUGUAGUCUGGGAGAAACGAUCCAAACCAGUAUUAUCUACGGCUUGUUGUCGGAGAGAAACUAUCCAAACCAGUGUUAUCUGUUGUCUGGGAGAAACGAUCCAAACCAGUGUUAUCUAUGGCUGGUUGUCUGAGAGAAACGAUCCAAACCAGUGUUAUCUAGGGCUUGUUGUCUGGGAGAAACGAUCCAAACCAGUGUUAUCUGUUGUCUGGGAGAAACGAUCCAAACCAGUGUUAUCUGUUGUCUGGGAGAAACGAUCCAAACCAGUGUUAUCUAGGGCUUGUUGUCUGGGAGAAACGAUCCAAACCAGUAUUAUCUACGGCUUGUAGUCUGGGAGAAACGAUCCAAACCAGUGUUAUCUAGGUCUGGAGUCGGAGAGAAACGAUCCAAACCAGUAUUAUCUAUGGCUUGUAGUCUGGGAGAAACGAUCCAAACCAGUAUUAUCUAUGGCUUGUAGUCUGGGAGAAACGAUCCAAACCAGUAUUAUCUAUGGCUUGUAGUCUGGGAGAAACGAUCCAAACCAGUGUUAUCUAGGGCUGGAGUCGGAGAGAAACGAUCCAAACCAGUGUUAUCUAGGGCUGGAGUCGGAGAGAAACGAUCCAAACCAGUAUUAUCUAUGGCUUGUAGUCUGGGAGAAACGAUCCAAACCAGUAUUAUCUAUGGCUUGUAGUCUGAGAGAAACGAUCCAAACCAGUAUUAUCUAGGGCUUGUUGUCUGGGAGAAACGAUCCAAACCAGUGUUAUCUAGGGCUUGUUGUCUGGGAGAAACGAUCCAAACCAGUAUUAUCUACGGCUUGUAGUCUGGGAGAAACGAUCCAAACCAGUAUUAUCUACGGCUUGUUGUCGGAGAGAAACUAUCCAAACCAGUGUUAUCUGUUGUCUGGGAGAAACGAUCCAAACCAGUGUUAUCUAUGGCUGGUUGUCUGAGAGAAACGAUCCAAACCAGUGUUAUCUAGGGCUUGUUGUCUGGGAGAAACGAUCCAAACCAGUGUUAUCUGUUGUCUGGGAGAAACGAUCCAAACCAGUGUUAUCUGUUGUCUGGGAGAAACGAUCCAAACCAGUGUUAUCUAGGGCUUGUUGUCUGGGAGAAACGAUCCAAACCAGUAUUAUCUACGGCUUGUAGUCUGGGAGAAACGAUCCAAACCAGUGUUAUCUAGGUCUGGAGUCGGAGAGAAACGAUCCAAACCAGUAUUAUCUAUGGCUUGUAGUCUGGGAGAAACGAUCCAAACCAGUAUUAUCUAUGGCUUGUAGUCUGGGAGAAACGAUCCAAACCAGUAUUAUCUAUGGCUUGUAGUCUGGGAGAAACGAUCCAAACCAGUGUUAUCUAGGGCUGGAGUCGGAGAGAAACGAUCCAAACCAGUGUUAUCUAGGGCUGGAGUCGGAGAGAAACGAUCCAAACCAGUAUUAUCUAUGGCUUGUAGUCUGGGAGAAACGAUCCAAACCAGUAUUAUCUAUGGCUUGUAGUCUGGGAGAAACGAUCCAAACCAGUAUUAUCUAUGGCUUGUAGUCUGGGAGAAACGAUCCAAACCAGUAUUAUCUAUGGCUUGUAGUCUGGGAGAAACGAUCCAAACCAGUGUUAUCUAUGGCUUGUAGUCUGGGAGAAACGAUCCAAACCAGUAUUAUCUAUGGCUUGUAGUCUGGGAGAAACGAUACAAACCAGUAUUAUCUAUGGCUUGUAGUCUGGGAGAAACGAUCCAAACCAGUAUUAUCUAUGGCUUGUAGUCUGGGAGAAACGAUCCAAACCAGUGUUAUCUAUGGCUUGUAGUCUGGGAGAAACGAUCCAAACCAGUGUUAUCUAUGGCUUGUAGUCUGGGAGAAACGAUCCAAACCAGUAUUAUCUAUGGCUUGUAGUCUGGGAGAAACGAUCCAAACCAGUGUUAUCUAUGGCUUGUAGUCUGGGAGAAACGAUCCAAACCAGUGUUAUCUAGGGCUUGUAGUCUGGGAGAAACGAUCCAAACCAGUGUUAUCUGUUGUCUGGGAGAAACGAUCCAAACCAGUGUUAUCUGUUGUCUGGGAGAAACGAUCCAAACCAGUGUUAUCUGUUGUCUGGGAGAAACGAUCCAAACCAGUGUUAUCUGUUGUCUGGGAGAAACGAUCCAAACCAGUGUUAUCUGUUGUCUGGGAGAAACGAUCCAAACCAGUGUUAUCUGUAGUCUGGGAGAAACGAUCCAAACCAGUGUUAUCUAUGGCUUGUUGUCUGAGAGAAACGAUCCAAACCAGUGUUAUCUAGGGCUGGAGUCGGAGAGAAACGAUCCAAACCAGUGUUAUCUAUGGCUUGUAGUCUGGGAGAAACGAUCCAAACCAGUGUUAUCUGUAGUCUGGGAGAAACGAUCCAAACCAGUGUUAUCUGUAGUCUGGGAGAAACGAUCCAAACCAGUAUUAUCUGUAGUCUGGGAGAAACGAUCCAAACCAGUGUUAUCUGUAGUCUGGGAGAAACGAUCCAAACCAGUGUUAUCUGUAGUCUGGGAGAAACGAUCCAAACCAGUGUUAUCUGUAGUCUGGGAGAAACGAUCCAAACCAGUGUUAUCUGUAGUCUGGGAGAAACGAUCCAAACCAGUAUUAUCUAGGGCUGGUUGAUUGUCUAUCGUAUGCUGAGAGAAUUAUGUUUUGAUAUUUUUACAUCAUGUGUUUAAUUUAUUUAACUUUAUAGUUGUAGGUAAUCUAAACAUGUCUUGUGAUUGUUGUUGUUCAACCCCAAUGUGAUUUUGUUCAUUCUCUCUCCAGCCUCCCAGUCAGCCUAAAGGCUGGUUUAUAUUCGAUCAAACAACAUGUCUAUAGACUACUAGAAUGUGACGUGUCCACAGACCGUCUUUAGACCGACAGUAAAUCAACCUUAAGUUUGGAUCAUGUACUACUGUAUAGCAGCAGAUUGAUGAAAUGAGUUGUAUCCAGUUGUAGCUCACUGAAAUGAGUUGUAUCCUGUUGUAGCUCACUGAAAUGAGUUGUAUCCUGUUGUAGCUCACUGAAAUGAGCUCUAUAAGGUUGUAGCUCACUGAAAUGAGUUGUAUCCUGUUGUAGCUCACUGAAAUGAUCUCUAUAAGGUUGUAGCUCACUGAAAUGAGUUGUAUCCUGUUGUAGCUCACUGAAAUGAGUUGUAUCCUGUUGUAGCUCACUGAAAUGAGCUCUAUAAGGUUGUAGCUCACUGAAAUGAGUUGUAUCUUGUUGUAGCUCACAGAAAUGAGCUCUAUAAGGUUGUAGCUCACUGAAAUGAGUUGUAUCCUGUUGUAGCUCACUGAAAUGAGCUCUAUAAGGUUGUAGCUCACUGAAAUGAGUUGUAUCCUGUUGUAGCUCACUGAAAUGAGCUCUAUAAGGUUGUAGCUCACUGAAAUGAGUUGUAUCCUGUUGUAGCUCACUGAAAUGAGCUCUAUAAGGUUGAAGCUCACUGAAAUGAGUUGUAUCCUGUUGUAGCUCACUGAAAUGAUCUCUAUAAGGUUGUAGCUCACUGAAAUGAGUUGUAUCCUGUUGUAGCUCACUGAAAUGAUCUCUAUAAGUUUGUAGCUCACUGAAAUGAGUUGUAUCCUGUUGUAGCUCACUGAAAUGAGCUCUAUAAGGUUGUAGCUCACUGAAAUGAGUUGUAUCCUGUUGUAGCUCACUGAAAUGAGUUGUAUCCUGUUGUAGCUCACUGAAAUGAGUUGUAUCCUGUUGUAGCUCACUGAAAUAAAAAAUUUGAGAACAAUAAAAUAUUUAUCCAGUUCAA